CCUGAGUGCUGAAAGGCGGCAGUUUCACCGAGACGGCGUGGAUUGUGAGGUUGUUGUCGGACGGCGUCUGCGGUUCCGACCGGGUCGGGAGCAGGCCGUUGGAAAGCGGUGGAGUUGUCGACAUCUUGAGUCUCGAAGGUUGCGUGUUGAGAACGGCGAAGGGUCACCAGUUGUAAGGAGCGACGGCCCGGCGAAGUGAAGUACUCGAAGAGCGGUGGUACACUGCUUUAUUUCAGCAAACAUGCGAUCAUUUAUACACCAGCAAAGCGGACGUUAGUGUAAACAAACGUCCAGCCCACCCGGGGGCUGUGAUUGGUUGGUAGCGAGCGGCAGCGGGGGCCGCCGAUUGGCUGAUCAGUCUCACGGCGCGAAAUUCAAAUGUCGGAGUUCUCAGAGGGCAUUUGUGGUUGCUACACUCUGUGACAUGUUUCACAUCAGAAAGAAUUCUAAUGACCCAGAUUACAGUUGUCCCCCAAAAAAGAAAAGCAAAGAAAAACAUCUGAGCAGAUUUUGAGCAAUUUGGCACUUGCCCGUGAUGGUAGAUAUCUCUCAGAAGACAAAUGCUUCUCAGCGCUCUGACACAGUGACAGAGUUUGACUGCCAGGUGGCAACAUCACUAUUUUCAGAGGAUGACCCGAGUGAGUGCUCAGGCCCCCGUUCCUGUUCGAGCUCAGACUCACAGAUUCUCAGCUCCAGCUUUUGCAGCAACUCAAGUGCUGAUAGCCAGGACAGCAUCCUGGACCACUUGCUGUGCCAAGCUUCAUUCAGAGGUACCAGCAAUGUCCCGUCAACCACCACGGCACCUUCCUUCCACUGUGACUUACAUUGUGACAGCACCUGGAUAAAAUGGAAGGUUUUGACCUUUUGUGCUCAAAUGCAAACAAGCACAAUAGAGCCUACGCUGGAGGAAAUUGAAGAAUUCCUGGAGUAGAAUAUGGAGGUUGUGAAGCAGGAAACACAAGUGGAUGGACUAAGUAUAGAAAUAACAUCAGAGGACUAUCUAGGUAUCGAUGUUGGACUGGAGUAUUGUUGAGAGGCUUCCUCUGAGCCAACGGUAAAGUCUGAUACAAAGUGUUCGGACCAAACUGUUUCUACUGCCAAUACUGUUAGCAUGACCUCUGUUGAGACUAAAACCCUGUCAUGUAACCACACACAUGUAUCCAAUAAAGACAACAAAAAGACCUCCGAUGGCAACCCUUUACUGACUGACGCUAAUAAAGAACGAACACCAGUCAUCCUUCAGUUUCAGCCCCUUCACUCAAAGCGGGAGCCAGCAGUGGUUCCUCCGACAACUGCAGCCCAGCUCCCACGAAAGGCUCCCAAUGGCAAACCUUCACUGAAUGAUGCUAACAAAAAACAAACACCAGUCAUCCUUCAGAAUCAACCGCUUCACUCAAAGCAGGGGCUGACAGUGGUGCCUCUUACACCUGUAGCCCACCUCCCAUGGCCUCCCGUAGCUUCAGACCUUAAAUUUGCACAGCGACUGGUCAACAUCCAAGGUCAAACCUUUUCCCUGGUACUGCACAUUCUGCCUUACUCCCACCUUAAUAUCUCUUCAAAGUUUGUACGCAUCGCUCCUGUCCCCAAUGCAGCCACGCCUCAAAACAUCGGAGAUAACUUGGCCAAACAAGAAUCAGGGAUACUCAUUGGAGGUCAAAAGUUUCAGAAGAACCCAGUGGCAGACCUUAUUAAAAUGCACAAAUGCAAUUUUUCUGGCUGCACCAAAAUGUACACAAAGAGCAGCCACCUGAAGGCACAUCUGAGAAGACACACUGGAGAAAAACCUUUCGCCUGCAACUGGCAAUGAUGUGGAUAGCGGUGAGUACGAGAUCUAAGAAUGUCUCCAAAGCAAGCAGCAUAGUUUGGUUCAUAAGUUUGCUUUUUUGUGUGCGUGUGUGUGUUUCCAUUGUAAAGUGCUGUGUGGCGCUUUGUUGUGAGUUGAUGCUGCAGUCUGUUGAUUGGUUGACAUAAAAUAAUCACUUCAUUGUUACAGUGGAAAGGACCACCAUCACUAUAUUUCCUAUACUGUCUAUCAUGUUCAUGGUCAGCGGUCCCGUGGUCCAGUGGUUAGCGUGUCGAUCUCACAGUGUGGAGUUUGCAUGUUCUCCCCGUGCCUUCAUGGGUUUUCUUCGGGUACUUCGCUUUCCUCCCACAUUCCAAAACCAUGUAUGGCAGGUUCAUGGAACACUCUAAAUUGUCCCUAGGUGUGACUGUGAGCGCAGAUAGUUGUUUGUCUUUGUGUGCCCUGCGAUUGGCUGGCAAUCGGUUCAGGGCGUCCCCGCCUACUGCCCGAUAAUUAUCACAAUAUUGCAGGGAGUUUGCCGAUUUGCAGGGAGUUUGCCGAUAUGUUUAAAAAAAUAUCUUGUGAGCAAGAAUCAGACCGGGUUUUUGCUUUAAAUUUGCUUGUGUGUAUGUUCUGUAGAACGCCAAAUAUAAAUAAACAAGAGCAAGUGCAUAUAAAUGUCUUGUCUAUACAAUGUUCAUUAGUUGAGGUCAUAAUUAUACGUAACAAUAACCUCAUUAUACAUGAACUACCUACAAUAACUAAUAACACUUAACAUUGAGACACUUACUUGCUACUCAUAUGUACCAUAAGUACCUCACUGCGCCGACCCAACCUACGCCACAUAUUAAGCUUUGAACUACGACAACAGCUAAGCUAGCCUAGCUGAUGUAAUGAUGGUCAGCAGACAAGGUUUAAGUAUUACGUGACUUUUAAUAACAACGUGGCAUAGUCAUCAAACAUGCUGUGUGCUCACUCGCAGUCACUUUCUGGAACUCCCCCUUAGAGGCGGGACCUCUCAAUCAUCUGGAGUAUGACGUACAGUACAAACGUUCAUAAAACACUUCUCAUGUAAUAAUAGCCUAUUAUAUGACAGCCAACAUUGCGCUCGAAGUCAGACGGACACAUUUUUUCUGAUCAUCAGUGUGUUUUCCGUAUUGACCAAACAUAUAUUUUUAUUCGAGCGAGGGUGAGCACACACACAUGAAUCAAAUCAAUUUGUGGAGGAACUCAAAACAUUCCCUUUCAUCUGCCAAUACACUAUAUACAUGCUGAUUUAUAUGAGCAUGGCUAUUUAACAUAGGUGGCCAAAACAUGCCAAAUUCAAAUGAACCCUUACAUUAUGUUAAGGGUCAAUUUGACCCGUUUCAGUUUUUGCGGUGACCAAAGCACAAGAUAUCCUUUCUUUUUCUUCAUGAAAUUUAGUGACUUUUGUUCAUCUAGGGUCAUGAACUGGUGUGUAAAAUCUGGACACUCUGAUGUGUAGUGGGAUGUCUGUGCACAGUUUGAAUACAAAUAUGAUGUUGGGGGUCAUUUUGACCCAGACACUUUAAUGUGGGCAAGCAGCUUUUCAGAUCCAAAAGAAACAUGUCUAAUUGAUGAACAGUACUUUGUUUUGACUGCUCAGUGACUGCCAGAUACCCAGCCAGGUAUGUGUAGAGGAGGAACUUUCUUUCAUUUGACUCGUCACUCUUCUCAUGUCAUUUCUUUGACCAACAUACCAAAAAUGAGCUCCAGAAGAUUUACAGCUGAAUAAGCUUCAUCACAGAGUUUGAACUGGGGUAGUGAUGCAGAGGAAGCUAUUUCAGAGACAGAGGAUUUUUCUGGCACGUAUGGCAUCAAAAUGUGGGCAGCCUGUGAUGCAAUAUCUAGUUUUGCAUGGAAUAUGCAAGUGCAUACUGGAAAGCGGCGGCCCGUUAGUCCAGUGGUGAGCACGUCGACUUCACAGUGCAGAGGUACCGGGUUCAAUUCCAGCUCCGGCCUCCCUGUGUGGAGUUUGCAUGUUCUCCCCGCGCCUGGGUGGGUUUUCUCCGGGUACUGCGGUUUCCUCCCACAAUCCAAAAACAUGUAUGGCAGGCUGAUUGAACGCUCUAAAUUGUCCCUAGGCGUGAAUGUGAACGUGGAUGGUUGUUCGUCUCUGUGUGCCCUGCGAUUGGCUGGCAACCGACGAAGACAGCUGGGAUAGGCUGCAGCCCCCCCGACCCUAGUGAGGAUCAAGUGGUUCAGAAAAUGGAUGGAUACCUGAAAGCUACGUGGAGGAGCAUCUGAGAAGAUUCAGAUGAUGCGUGUGGUGCUGAGGAUGAGUGAAGGACUGCAAAGUCAUAACUUCUUUACAAUACUGUAUUACGGCCUUGGAGAUGAAGUUCAGGAGAGAAAGCUGACUAUGUUGGCAACAGUUUGUUUGUUUUUGUUUGUUUAUUGAACAUAAAACAUAUACAGUAAUAAUUUGACAGAAAAUAAGGUAGAUAAAAAAGUAAAAAGAAAGAAAUCAGUCUUCAUUCAACACAGCAAUUAUGUUCAAGGGAGUAGGAUGAAGUAAAAAACUUAUCUAGUCCUACCCCGUUAUGCGUUUAUAUCUACUAAAUAAUUUUUAUAUCAUUCAGAAAAGAAAAAGUAAGAAGAGGUCUCCAUUAAGGCUCAUACUUUACCCUUAACCGUGAUAUUUUUACAACUUUUGGUUUGUAUCGGGAUUAUAUAGAUCCUCACCCUGGCACUCUUGUGUCAAUUUUCUCUUGUAUUCAUAAUGGAUAUUUCAAUACCUUUCUCUAUUUAUCAACUUAGU